AUGUCUAGUUAUAAUAACUAUAACGUUGUAAAUGUGAUGAAGUCCUUGACUGAUGGAACUAAUGGUGGAACAUAUGAUCCUUCUGACGUUAACAGCCCAAUCAACAUCGAUUCGCCAACCAUAUUUAACAAUAUCGGAGAUUUGAGGCAAUUCGAUUUAUUAUCAGAAACUUCGACCCCGGAAAUAAAUAUAAACAAUAAAUCUAAAGUAAACAUUUUAUCCAACAUUCCAGUAAUGUACCACAAUUGUAAUAUUCAAGGAUUUAGUUCCAUUAAGCAAACAGAAUUUAAGGAGUUAAUUCAACAUCCAGUUCUUCAAGAUUUCGAGGAUGAUAUUGAGGAGCUAGUAAUCAAAUCUGAUUUCGGUCGUGAUCAGAAUACAUCUAUUAGAAUGGACUACGACAUCGAAACAAAAGAAAACGUCGAAGUAAUUGAAUUAAAAUAUGACUUAGACCAAUGGGUGGUCGUUGAAUAUAAAAUGAAGAAGAACUCACAGUAUUUCGUUGGCAAAAUCAUCGAUAAGAUGAGUAGCACACUUGAAUAUAAAAUAUUAUUUUUAAGGAAAGGGCAUGGAAAGUCGGUAAAGUUCCAUUGGCCAGCAAUUUGCGACGAUGAUAUUGUAUCUGAAUCUCGUAUUCUACAGCACUUGGGAGAACCAGAAGAAUCUAGAAGAGGUGAAUUUACUUUUAAAAAGUUACCAAACCUUAAUUUCAAGUAG